UGACAAAGAGAGAGAAAUUGGCAUCUCAUGAAAAUAAGUAGAUUUGUUGUAUACUGUUGUUUCCAGGCUUAUUUUGGCUCCUUUGGCACCAUGUCUUAGAUGUUAUACAGUUCUUUGCCUAGGAAAGGCUGGUAUAUGGACAUGGUAAUUCUGGUUGUUUCAAACAAAAAAGUUGGAAAAGCCAAGUUUGAUAAAUAUGGAUGUAAGUUUGUAUAUCCCAUACUAAUCAAUGACUAGGAAUCCAUUGCUUUGAAUGGGUGUGAAAAAUACAAUUAGAAGCAGGAAGAAAGAGGACAUGGAGAAAAGAACAUGUGUAAACAAAAGGGAAAGAAGUAAUAAUUAAAAAACAGAGUAACAAAAAGGAAAAACAAGGCUCUCAGAAAUUACUGAAAGUUCAAUGAGAAGGCAAUGAUGAGAGGAACAGAAGCUGUGCUCUGAAGUUUUCAGCAGCAGCAUUAAUAGACAGUUGCAUUGUAGCUAGAAAUGAUAAAAAUGGACCAUGAAUCUCAGUAAAUGGAUCCAAGAGCAGAGGAAAAUUAUACUAACAAAAUAACAACUUUAUUUAAAAUUGAUUAUGUGGACUGUGUAGUGAGAUUUAAUGUUUCACUAAAUCCUAUACUAUGGCAUCACAGCAGGGUGUUUAGCAUAGACCUGUAGGAAGGAUCCAUUAAAUUUGGUUUGCCACUCUGACACUAGGGUUAUUAACUUUAUACACUGCCUCAAUUGUAUCACAUAGGCUCUGCCAGUCUGGCUGUGGUCAGCCAACAGAGAAUUACCUCACUGAGGAAGAUUCUUUACUGUCUUCAUGGAGCAGUGUUAGGGGAAAUAAGAGGGGCUGCUGUAAUAUGUGUGCUUUGUGCCACAAAAUAGACCAUGGGCCACUCCAGACUGGAGCACAGGCUGUCAGUAAUGUUCAGUGAAAUGUCCUCUGUGAUUCCAGACCCUUCCCACUACUGAGCAGAACUGAAAGUCAAGGUGCAGUCCUUCAGGUGUAAUGUCUCUCCUGGACUGCCGGGCCCCUUACACACGUAAUAAUCAUAUUUUAUUUUGGAUGCCCUUUUGCCUUUUACAAGGAAUUAUCAUGCUGUAUGAAAAAAGUCUGUAAAGGAAAACUUCUCCAGGAAUUUCUUGAAGGGGCAUAUCUCACUUGUUGCUGCAUAGAUGGUCACCAGAUGGCUGAACAUAGUCUUUGGCAAUCCUGUCAAAACACAGCUAUAAAAUUGCCCCUAUUACUGAAUGGUUUAGGACCUUGACAAUAGCUGCAUUGAACAUACACAGCUACAAAGCUCAAAUCUGGUUUGGUUUGUUUGUUUUUUUUUUUCCUUGUAGGGAAUGCAGACAUGUGAACAAUAGGCUUAUCUUGUAUAAAUUUGUAGGUCACAGUAUGAAAUGCAAUUUAUAAUUGAUGUUCUCAAGUGAGUAUGAACUUUCAUACAGCAGAAUUUACAAAGUUGGCAUUUUACAUCUAAAGGUUUGACCACAUUUGACCAGUGCUAGUCUCUGCAUAAUGGGUAGCCAUUGCUGCAGUACUUCACAUCUCUUCAUGUUCAUUAUAUUAUCACAAGAUUACUUGAAGAAUCAUUCAAGGGCUUUGGGGGAGUUGUGUUGGUUAUUGUUAACAGUGUAUUAAUUUAUAAACCUUGAUUUUAAAUUGAUAGGUGAAGUUGAUGCUAUUGAUGUCAACAGGACCGCAAUUUUGCUCAAUACUAAAUGUUAAAUGUGGCAAGUCAGAAUUGGGAGAAAUUGCCGCCUUGAUCCCAGGCACCUUUAGCCCACUGUUUGUCAUCCUAAUGCCCUUCUGUUUGAUAUUUACUUCUUUGGACAUUGCUACCUCACUCCUUCUGCAAAUCCAUGUUAGCACUGAUGUCAUAAAUUGAAUAAGGAAACUGUCAGCAAUGAUGCACUCCCGUAAUGCUUACUAGAGCUGAACAGUGUAUAUAAAAGUCUGUGCAAAAGAGGCAGCUAGGCAGAUCUCAGCAUCCUCAAGGCUUGCCAUAGUUCCAGAAGAGAGAGUGGCAGCUCUUUCUGUAACUGCUACAUAUCACUUCGAAGUAUAAAAAGGAAAUGAAAAUGAAAAGUGUUUAUUUUGUUGCUGGGCUCCUUUUAAUGAUAGCUCACGGCAGCUCGCAAAAUCCUCUUCAGGAUACAGAAGAGAAAACAAGAUCAUUCAAAGCUUCCCAGUCUGAACCAUUAGAUGAGUCUAGACAGCUGAAUGAAGUGAAACGUCACUCACAAGGCACAUUCACUAGUGACUACAGCAAGUACUUGGACACUAGACGAGCUCAGGACUUUGUGCAAUGGUUAAUGAGCACUAAAAGAAACGGCCAACAAGGACAGGAGGACAAAGAAAAGGACAAAUUCCCAGACCAGCCCUCAAGCAACGCGAUCUCCAAGCGUCAUACUGAAUUUGAGAGACAUGCCGAAGGCACCUACACCAGUGAUAUCACCUCUUAUUUGGAAGGCCAAGCUGCCAAAGAGUUCAUUGCUUGGUUAGUGAAUGGACGAGGAAGAAGAGAUUUCCCAGAAGAAGCUCUUGUGGCUGAAGAAAUGGGCCGAAGACACGCAGAUGGCACUUUCACGAGUGAUAUCAACAAAGUCCUUGAUGACAUGGCUACCAAAGAGUUCCUAAAAUGGCUGAUUAACACAAAAGUUACCCAAAGGGACCUUUUGGGAGGAUAUCAGUAAAAACGCAGAAUAAAACUGGAGUAAAUGAAGAUCUUCAUUGCAUCAACUGCCAGUUACUAAGAGAUUCUGAAAUUUGUAUUCUGUCAUUCAUAUUGGGUGUAACAAAGCUAUGUCACCUUGCAUGCCAGGAAUAAUUGUAUUAUAGUUUAGUGUCGCCAAAGGUUUAUAUAUGGAAAACCUAUUGUCUAAGGGAUAGUUAUCUUAACAGCUUUAAGACUAUGAAAGUUCCAUAUCUUCAUAUUUUCCAUUUAUUAGGACUGAAGUAACUCCAUUUAUAUUUAAUGAUAAAAUUAUUUUUCUAAAAAGUUGACUUCUACACAUAAAGGAUUCAUUCACCAAUUGCUAGCGGUUACAAAUGCCUGAGAAGUGAAUAUCCUUCUUAAAACCUUGUUAUAAAAAGGCUAAGCUGUAAGGAUAUUAAAUAAUAGCCUUAAAUAAAUUUUUUCAAGCUUC